ACAGUGUGAUUUCACCCUAACUGGCCUGGCAGUAAAACCAAACCUAUUUUUGAUCGCAUUGUGACAUAUUUCCUAACCUGAAUAUUCGUCGUCUUUAACGAUUAAUUCACGAGGCAGAGCAAUAUUUUUUUCCGCCAGGUUCUUUUGUUUCAUCCAAAAACGCAUCGACAAAAAUCUCUCCAGAAUUAUUUAUCUCAAGUAGGGAUUUAAGGACAAAUGCGACAAAUAUUUUUGAAUUCUUCUUAGAAACUUUUAUGUGUUUUUAUGCAAUCAAUCGACAAUCAAAGAAUGGAGAGUUCCGGCGAAAGUUCAUCGAGCAAUCUAACGUCUGUGCGUGGCGAAAGAAAGAGUACUCGGGGCUCGAGACAGAGAGCCGUGGAUAAUUUGAGCAAAAAAUUUUUGAGAAACUUCGAUCCAGAGCACAGCGAACGAGAGAAGCGCAAGCUGUAUCGUCGAUUAUACCAGAGCUACAGGAAGCACCUAUACAACGAUGAAGGCAUUUUUAUACGGACAUCGGAUGAUCUCUGCGACUGUUUGAGCUUGAAUUGUCCAGGAUGCCAUUCUCCGUGUUCCAAGUGUUCUUCUCCAAAAUGUGCCCACGACUGCAGGAAUAAUCGCAAAUGGACCUACGACAGCAUUCAUUGUGAAGGGACCGGUCCUGUGAUAAAAAAUCCACUGAUGAAAGAAACGAAGUGAGAAUGUAAAAAUACGCAAAUGCAUAUCUGUAAGUAUUUGUACAUAAAAACCCUCAAGAAUUAAUGGAUGUUUAUUAUUACUCUUGUAUAAAUUGUAUUUACGUAAUAAACAAAAGUGAAUUUAAUAAAUUCUUAAAGUAUUAUUU